UGGCGCAGCGGCUGCGCGGUUCGUCUCCAUCCUGCUAAACGUCUCCGACUCGGAUCCCGACGCCGUCCCGAUGCGCCUCCCGCUGCUUCUGCCGCCACUGCUGCUGCUUCUCGCGGCGCUCGGGGCCACCGCCACCACUACCUUCCGGCCCGACUGGAACCGUCUGCGUGGUCUGGCUCGGGCCCGUGUAGAGACCUGUGGGGGAUGACAGCUGAACCGCCUGAAGGAGGUGAAGGCCUUCGUCACCCAGGAUAUCCCAUUCUACCACAACCUGGUGAUGAAACACCUCCCUGGGGCCGACCCUGAACUCGUGCUGUUGGGUCAUAGAUACGAGGAGCUGGAGCGAAUUCCUCUUAGCGACAUGACCCGCGAGGAGAUCAACGCGCUGGUUCAGGAGCUCGGUUUCUACCGCAAGGCGGCGCCCGACGCCCCCGUGCCGCCUGAGUACCUGCAGGCGCCCGCAAGGCCAGCCGAGAGCGCCACGGACCACGGAGACCUGUAGGCGCGGCGGAGCUGGGGCCAGCCUGCCCGAGCCCCAGGGGCAAAAUGAAGCGCUCAGCGUCCAAGGAAGCGUCUUCCUCGCUGAGGGCCGACACCCCGUCCCUGGGCCGGCGGGGGUGGGGAGUGGGGGGCUCUUUCCGCCUCAACUCCACUAAACUCCCUUCCGCCUAAACUAAGGCCAGACUCCUUAUUUGCUGCGGGCAGGUGGAACAGGAGGUCCGAACAGGAGGUCCCAAUACCCCCAGGAUACCCGGUACCCCCUGUUAGGGCUCAGGCAUUGCCAAGUUGCCCUCUCUUCAAUCGCUGCAAGAAAGGCAGAGUGGACUCAG